CAGGUGGCCGUUCGAAAGUGUGUAGUUGUGUAGUUUUCUUACACGACACAGCAGACCUCUCUCUGUGUCCCCAACAUCUUAUUUAAAACACACCGAAGAGCUGCAAAGAAUACCUAAAAAUAAUAAUCCAUCCCUUCGCCGUUGAAUGGACAAAUAAGUUGCCAAAACACCACGAAUAUGUGAUCAACCGUUAAUAAAUCAUUUAAUUUUUUUUUAAACUCCCAGUGAGAAGGGAAAUCUUGUGGAUCAAACUCGUCUGGAGGAUAUCAGCCAGAAGGUGAAGGCACCACAGGGGGGCAGGAGUGAUUUAGAGACGAAGAUAUCUUUAAAAAAGUGGGUGGAAUUGUUUAAUUGGAAUUACAUCGUGAUAGUAAAGUGACGGAUAAUCGAGAUAUUGAAAAAUCGGGGAGGUAAAUGUUGAUAUAUUAUUUUGUGAGACGGUGAGAGAAAACGGCUUCGAGGCUUUCCAUCCGGAUUUACUGUUGCAUUAACCUCGAAGUUUUUGAAAAUAUCGGAGAAUCGGUGAAUUGAGGGAUUUUGACGUUGUGAAUGGAUUCAACGAGGAUAAUUUAUUGACUUGGAGGUGGAAAAUUGAGGAAAAAUCCAAGUGUUUAAUCGACUAGCCGACGUCAGCUGGUGUUUCGGCGUGAGAGAAUCAAGAUAGAAAUGGCGGCGCUGGUGGCAGGUGUCCAGUAUGGUUUGUCAUCGCACAACGAUUUUCACGAGAAUAAGUCGCUUAUAUUUGUGAAAUUAACUGAUUCGGCCCAGCGUGCUAUUGAGGAUUUUCUCAAAAAUCGGAAUAAGACCGGUCAGAAUCCUACGAUUCAAUUCUCAGGAAACGAAGGGCAAUUAUCAUUUCCAUCGUCCCAGUCAAAUCAUGGAUCUGCAGGGUUCACGUUCACCCUGUCUGGGAAUCAAGACAUGGAGGGUCCCCAGGGUGGUUUUGAGUGCAUACAGCAGGCUGGGCACCGAGCCCUGCAGAAUCUCGGUGCAUUGCCAUGCAAAAUGCGAAUACAGGCGAACGACGAUGUGUACGAGACGACUAGACAUCGUAUGGCGGCGGUCGAUCAGAAUAACAAGAAUAAAUGCACCAGGGUGAUAAAGGCGAGUGGUCCAGACAUUGGGCGAAGAGUUAAAGUAAAAAACACAGGUAGAACGAUACCACCGCCACCAGCAACAUCUAGGCAUCGCGAAACAACGAGCAUUCCAAGUUCCAUGAGUCAAUCGUCUAGGCUCAUGCCCUCAUCGGCAAUGCCCCGAUCCCAUGCCCCGACCCAUCCAUCCAAUCCAUCAUCUCAUCCAACAAUAAAUUCCACUUCCAAUUCAUCGCCCUCGUACAAGCCCAUCACCAGUAGCAAUCCACCAGUGCGUUAUCAACCUGAGAAAAAGAAUAGUGAGCUUUGCAGAAGGCCUCUGCGAGAAAGACUCAUCCAUGUACUUGCUCUGAGGCCUUACAAAAAGCCGGAGCUUUAUGAUCGUCUCAAUCGAGAGGGAUUGAAGGAUCGUGAGAGGAGCGCUAUAACGAAUAUUCUCAAGCAAAUAACCAGCAUGAAGGAUAAUGCUUAUGUCCUCCAGAGGCACGUGUGGAACGACGUGCAGGAGGACUGGCCUUUUUACACUGAACAGGAUAGAGCGACAUUGAAAAGGAGAAAACCCCAGAAUUUGACACCACCGGGCUCCAGUGAUUGCUCAAGUGGAAGUGGUACAUCGCCAAAUUCAACUCAUCCAGGUUCGCCCCCCGCAAUAAUAGCCCCACCUCCAAAUCUGAAACGUCCAGGUUAUCACCAAGGUAGCGAUGGAAUAACGACAAAACGUCUCCGAAUAUCCCAUUACCGUAAGCCAGAGCCAACAAGUGCGACAAGUGGCUCAAGUGCCAAUAGAGAAAACACAAGGACACCAAAUAUUAGUUCUGAAAAUGUGAUUAAAAAUGAAAAUAACUGGGACAUAUCGAGACACCAACAGCGUGAACGCAACGAUAAUCGUCCUGAGAGAUCAACGAAUAGUGAAACGACUAGUGGAAUAACGAAUAAUCUGACGAAUGUCAACUACGUGAAAAAUAAAUCAUCAACAACACCAACAAGUGAUAUUGAAGAAGUAAUGUUACAAUCAAGUGCACGUUACAAUCAAGAAAUAAUUCCAUCGAGUGCUGCUACUAGUAGAAAUCAAUUGCAAAGUAAUUACAAAAUGUCAGUAAGUGAUAACAGUGAUUAUAAACCAACUACGAGUGGUAGUUAUAGAGCUAGUCCUGGUGGUAACGGUGGUAGGAAGGAUGAUCGUGGUCGUAAUGAUAAGGAGAGGGAUAUGCGGAGGGAGCGUGAACAACAUGAUAAAGUUGAACAAUGUGAAAGGGAUAAUAGUGCGUCUGGUGGAAAUUCCUGCAAUGAAUUAUCUGGUGUUGGUGCUUCCAAUUUGACUGCUAGCAGUACAACACCCCAUUCAUCAUCACCAGGUGUUACUUCUGGGGAUGCUGAGGAGUCACCAAUUGAUUGGGCAGUGGAAUUCCCUCCAAUUAGAACCCCCGAGGAGAAAGUCCGUUACAAAGCAAUAUGGACCAGGGAGCAUCCUGCCUACAUGGAGAUGUACGAUCGAAUUGCCAAGGAAGUUACAUUAAUUCAUCAUCUGAAUGCACUUAAAGAAAAAGAAUUAGAAAAGGGGAAUAAGGAGAAAGCCAAGGCAAUUUCUCAACAAAUUCAUGCUCAAUAUUACCACGUCAGAAGUGAACACUCGAUACGAAGAAAAAAAUACAAUGAACUCCACGCAAAAUUAACUCAAAUAAAAGACAUGGUCGAAGACUGGGAUUUACGGUUAAUAAAUCGCGAGGACACUGGAAUGGGAUCCUGCGAUGAUCACAUCAGAAAUGACGAUAGAUUGAGAUACUGACAUAAACUCCAAUCACCAAUAAAACAGUAUAAGGAAUCUGAUUCAUGGAAUAAUCGAUACGUUACGGAGAUAUUUGCAUUUUAAUUUGAGAUGAGAGAAAACAACAAAAAAAAAAAUACAUCCAGUGUUAUCGAUUGAUGAUAUAUUUCAAAGUGAAGAUGAAUUAUUAUCAAAUCAAACUAAUUAUUCCUGUAGCGUCACUCGAGAUGCCAUUUAACUGCUAAGGGAAGAAAAACACAUGAAUAAUUAAUGAAGAGCAAAAUGUUUCUCCAGCAACAAUCUGGAGAAUCAAGUGAAAACCGGUGACAAUCGGUAUCAACCGAUGCAGUGAAAAUUGUUUGUUAAUUCCAUCCGGUUUCCAUGUGUCCACGAUUAAAUAAAAAUACAGCGUUAUCUAUAUUUGUUGAUCAGUGAGCACGUCCGAGUGUAUCGUCCAUUGAAGAAGUUGUGAAUAAAGUGUUACGAGCUGAUGAUUUCCAUUGGAUUCACUGGAACAAAGUGAAAGACGUGAUUUACCUGUCGUGAGUAUGUACGACGGAUUAUCCGCGUUCAUCCAAUUAACUCAUUAUCCGGAGACACUCCAUAUCAAAAGGAAUCAUCGGUGGACACGAGGAUCUUGUUCUAUCGACUCUGCUUAUGAAUUUUGUUUUCAUCUUAUCAUUAAAAAUAAAUCAUUAAAAUGAAAUAGAAAAAUCAACCAAAUCCGAAAAAAAAAAAUUAAUAGUAAAUGGAUCAACUAUAUCGAUAUUACACGGUGACGCAACUGUGCCAAUAGAAUGUACAUUAAAAUGAAAUUUAGGGUAAUUAGGGGGUUAAACGAUUAUUAAUUGAGGUGAUAACAGCAGCCAAUGUCUACUUGACGGUAAUAAUAAUUUUAUAUAGGAGAAGGGGAUUUAACGUUUAGAGAUAAUUGUAAGAUUCGUGUAUGAAGUAUUGAAUUAGUUUGGGAACAGUUUGUUUUAUUUUAUUACGAAUAAUCCAAUAAUUAGAGGGGAUUGAUUGGAUGAUUGUAGGCGUUGUACAGGAUUGAGUGGUCGUUCGGUUGUUUUAUUGUUAGUUGGUAUUUCCUCUCUAUAUUGAUUACCAAUCGUUUUGCUCUGAUGAAAAUUAUUCAUUUUACUGUUCCAGAUUAUUUUUAAUCUUUGUUUUUUUUUUUUUUUUGAGUAGUGAUUGGUUGAUAUGAGGUUAUUCAUUAAGUUUUUGUUCACGAACAAUCGGAUGUAAUGCCAAAUUCUCAAUGAGACAUUUCUUAUCCAUUUUGAUGAUAAAUUAUUUUUUUCUUUGAAUGCAUCUUCCAAUAUUAUCGAACACUAAAUUUCUACGAUCAAUUCUUUAUUAUGCAAUGUCCAUAGUGAUUGUUGUUGAUUUGAUUUUGAUUAUUCAUUUCUAUCGAUUGGUGAAGUGGUGGAAUGUAAUUGUCGAAUCGAGGGAAAUGUAUCUUUGAAGGAAAAAAUCGGUGGACAAUCACCAGAAAAUGGUCUGUACGAUUAUAAUUUUCCACUUCAUCGAAUUCACGCACACGUCGAAAUUGUUUGGGACUUUUGUUGCUCAUUAAUGGUAUAAUUAGAUAAUGAUGUGCAAACUCGUUUGGGUUGUGCAAAAAUGGGAUGAAAAAUGUGAGGUUACGUUAGAAAUCGUUUAGGAUAAAUUACCGAUUAUUUGUGAGAUGAUAUUAAUAGAAGACUUCCUCUUUUGAACUUACACAAAUAAUUCGUGGAAAAUUAAAAGAAAGUAGUAGUUAAGGGAUUUAUUUUUUUUUCUCAGAGGGGAAAAGACUAAUGUGUUGAUAUGUUGAUGGAAUUUUUAGCCUGUUAUGAUGUGUUGUGGCACAAUGAGUACAUUUAUGACUCUUUUUUUUUCUGAUAGAUAAAAUUAUUCACACGCUUUUUUGAAAUUUAUGCAAUAUUUUCCGUGUGUAAAGCCCAGGUGCCAAAGUUUUCAGGUGUCACUUGUUGUGAUUUGUCAGAUCUGUCUCAAUUGGACAAUAUGAUCUAAAGUAUAGUCGUUACAGACUAGUGACGGAAAGACAGAAAAUGGGAAAAGCUUGUUCUCUCUGAUUAAUUGAAAAGAAAAACCACUUAGGAAAAUUCUUUCUUUGACUGAUGAAAAUUAUAAUUGGAAAUUUAGCGAAAUUAAAAGCUGAUUAGAUGAGAUUAUCAUCAAAAUUUAUCAUCACUUUCCAAUAGUAAAAACAGAAAGUGAUGAGUUAUUUGUUUUUCGUAGGGAAUAACUUAAUCAAUGUAACUUUCAAGUGCCAAUUGUAAUGAAAGCAAGACUAACGAUACGACCAUAUUAUACAUAUUAUAUUGUGUAACAAUUGUAUCUGAUUGAGGAAAUACGGAACCAAUCGAAUGAAUCAAAAGAAAGCAGCUGAAAGUGAUAGAAUCUGGGUAAAAAAUAAAUUGGCAAUGAAGAAUGAGUCGUGCUCUGCACAAAGUGCCUCAGUUUCACGAAUGUAAACAAAUGAAUAGCUCGGAGGCAAACUAGAAAAAAAAAAAUUUAUAUCCUCUAAUUCUCGUGUUGAACGUUACCAUAAAUAAAUUUGUAAGAUGAAUAAUCUUGUUUACUACGGAGAGAAACAUGAGGCUCGAAUGAGCGCUCGAAUCGUAGAGAAAAUAAUAAUAUAAGUUGAAGCGCGAACGAACAGAUGAAAAGUCAUAUGUAAUGAAUAGAAAAUUAAUUUUUCUUCUCUGAUUAGAUGAAAUAUCUCAAUAAAUUUGUCACCAAGUACAUUAAUUAUGGGAAUAAGGCAUGAUAAAAGUUUCGUCCUUCGAUAAUCAAAUAUCCUGUCCAGUUUUACACUUUUUAAAAAAAUGAAUAGUGCAUCAGCAAAAUGUCUAGUUCCCACGUGUAAUCUUACUUCAGCAUUUUUGCUGACAAUACAAAUGUACAUAGGCAGCCUCAAUUCACCAUGUUGUAAAUAUUCUGCAUCUGAGGGAGUCAGUGCGCUAAAGUUAACAUUUAAAAAAUUACAAACUCCAGAUAAACCAUUUAUUAACAUUUUUUUUUCGUUACUCAUAAAAAUUAUUUCAGACUGAAAAUUGAUUUUUUAGUUGAUGGUUCAUUGAUAUCUGAACUCCCUUGUGCAUUUACCCUUUCGCCGAACAUUAAUAUACCGUAGAAUCCCGUUAUAGCCGCACCUUUCCUCAAUUUCUGUUUUCCGGUGAAGAAUUAAAGUCGAAAAAUAAAUACGCGGGAUUAUAACGGGACUCUCCUGUAUCCCAAUAUCAAUUUAUUAAUGGAAAAAAAUUCGGAAAUAUCAUAUCAAAUCGAGAAUUCUAGAUAUUUUCAAAUUUAAAUGUCAAACAUUUUGAUUUUAACGUGCACAUCACUGGAGCUUCAAUACUGAUAAUAAACUAGCGGAAGAAAGAGAAGAAUCAUAUUCAUUAACUGUAUUAAAUAAUUCUUUUUGACUGUGAUGAUAUUAUAAUUAAAGUACAACAAUUAAUUUCUCUUCUCAAACGCAAUUGCUGUAGUAAUUUCAAAUGACUUUUCUCGAACACAAAAAUUUCAUUUCGAGACUCAAAUCAAUUCGAAACAUCAGGCACUGAAUUAUCACUUAAUUUAAAAAAUUAUCAAGUUUUUCCCUGUAAGUUCUGUAAUUGUGUCUACUCAAAAAAAAAAAA